CAGUAACACAGAUGAGUGUUUAAAGCAUUCGUCAAGACAAAAAACUAGCAAUGGGCUGAUGAUAAACUUUAAGCUCUCAGAAUGUCCGGAGGUAAAGAGGCGGUUUUUAAAGAUGUCAAUAUUGUAAAACCCAAUUCUAAAGCUACACAAAACAGUCAGCAGACAGAAAUUGAACAACCUACAGCUGGAAGUUCAAAUGUUCAGCAGAGUCCUAAAGGCAGGAGUCCGGAACACAUGAUAGAUCAUUGGAAAAGUUUUCUUGCAGUUUCUUCAAAAGAACCUCCCAAGAAGCUACAGCAAAACGUUUCUCCUAAAACACAGACAUCACAACUAUCGGAUAUAACACAGUCUCUACACAAUAAAGGCGAACAAUAUAGUUCAAGCAAUGUAGGCGCAAUAAUAUCAAUACCAAACAAUACUGUACAAUUUCAAAAAUCAGAAACAAGUCCGGUUAAUAUCGCUACAUCUCGCGGAAACCGGAUUAUUACCGCAGAUCAAAACCAAUAUGGUAUUCCUGAAUAUCAAGUUCAUACUGCUGGAAAUUUUCAAGAUCAGAAUAUAAAUCUUCGGCAACAACCAAUAACGUUUAUCAACAGUUCGCCACAACCAGAGAGCAAUGUUUCUUCCCCUGAACACAAAUUAGUAAUUGCUGAAAAUAUAGAACAAUCAUUAGUUCCCACAAAGUCAGUAUCUCCGACAAAGACACCAAAAAAUAAUGUUAAAUGGAAUAUGAAUAAAUUAGUACAAAACGAUGAUGAUAUGUCAACUGAAAAGAACAAAAUACUAACGAAUCUUCAUAAUGAUGAAAGUAAACCACACCAUGGUAUACUGAAGUCAACUCAGCCAGCAAAGGUAGAAGACAAUCGUUCCUAUUUUCAUGGAAGUCAGAGAGGUCAGCAAAUUUCUGAACCAGGAAACCGGGUAAACCUUAUGUUCAAACAACCAAUACGGCAGCAUGAAAUAUAUAAAUCUGUACAUGAACAACAAAAUGCGCAAACGAUGAAUUAUCAAAGUCCAUCACCACAGCCAGCUAAUCCACAAAACGUCCAUCAAAUACAACCUCAAUCACAAUACCUUCAUUCUGUUCAUCAACCAGAUCAGAUUCACGGUCAACAGCCUAAUAAGCGUGAAAAUAACUAUCCGAAUCUACAAAUUAACCACGAACAAUAUACACCACACAAUCCUUAUCAACAACUAAAAUAUCCACCGAACAUGCCGAAUCAACAGCAGCAGAACCUACAUCAACAGCUUCAAUAUCCACCGUACACAACUGACCAACCGUUACAAUACCUACCUAACUUGGCUAAUCAACAACUACAAUAUCAAACGGAAACGGCUAACCAACAGCUUCAGUAUUCACCAAACACUUCUUAUCAACAACUACAAUAUUCAUCAAACAUGGCUAAUCAACAGUUGUUCUAUUCACCAAGCACGGCUAAUCAACAACAACAAUAUACGCCACCGAAUACGGCUAACCAACAGGCGCAGUAUUCACAUGACACUGCUAAUCAACAACUACCAUAUUCAUCGAACAUGGCUAGUCAACAGCUACAUUAUUCACCAAACACGGGUAAUCAAAACCUACAAUAUACAUCAUUGAACAUGGCUAAUCAACAGCUACAAUAUCCACCGAAAAUAGUCGAUCAACAGCUACAAUAUCCUCAAAACAUGAGCAGUCAACUGUUUGGCUCUCGCGAACAAUAUCCACCAAACAAAGCUAAUGAAGAACGUGUUCAAGUCUUGCAACCCAAACACGAGAGUUUCAACAAAAAUAGAGAUGACCAACAGGAUUUUCGACAGUCAGGACAGAAACAUGAAAGUUUUUACCCUGACCAUCAGCUAACACAAGAUAAUUAUUACCAGCAGGAUGCAAAGAUUGAAAGGGGACAACAAGGAAAAAAUCGUAUUGAAAUUUAUCAUCCUAAUUUAAAUAACCAACCGACUGCUCGACAGAUACAAAACCAACAGACUGAAGUUCAAACAAGUUCACUAUCAAGUCAGAAACUUCAACACACGCCAACACAAAAUGGAAGUAUAUAUGCUUUACCGUUUACACAACCGAUAAGGUGUACAGGUCAGGCUGCUACAGCAGAUAUUCAACAUGCCGAACAAAGGUCGACGAUACCAAAUGCACAAGCGGCAGAAUAUCAUAAGAAAGAGAAUACACAGUCCCAAAAGAGAAAGUUACAACAAAAGCGUAAUAAGAAUGACAAUACACAAAAGAUAGAACUUGAUUUUAUUGCUUCGCCACCUGUACUAUUUACUCCUGAAUAUCUUAUGUUAAAAAUACCCAAACAAGAGACAUCGAAUGCAAAAGCAGUGAGUAAUGAGAAAAAUAAAAAGCGAGACCAGUCUCCAGUCGAUGGUGCAGAGAGUUUCAAGUCUGGGCCAGUGAAGAAGUUGAAGUUAGAGGAAGUUAGAAUAAGUACUGCGAAUAUAGAUCAGUAUCCCGAAAGCGAAGUGUCCAGACGAAGUGCUCAAAUUUACAAAAGAGGAUUUAAAAAGUAUUUACUAUCAAGAUAUGAAGAGGAUAAGAGAAUUUUAGUACAUUCUAAAACUAAAAUCCUGUGUGAGAAGUCCAGUCCUCCACCAAAUAAAGAGUCUAUCAUUCAUGCAUCGUCAAAUAUACCAUUAAAAAGGACACAUGCAUCAUGUGACCUUGCACCGAAAGACCCGGAACCAGACGACAAAAAGCCUAUUAAAAAUGUGCAAAUGUCUGUUGGAAACAAGGAAGAUAUUAAUCUAUUGUUAGACAAAAAAACAAACAGAGAGUCAGCAAAACAACAGAGUGAACAGUCCGUCGGUCAAGAACAGAUUUUAGAAGACUUAGACAACAUUACGACUUCCAUACCUACAGAAAAUGAAAGUGACGUUUCAUUGGAUCAAAUCAGAUUAGAUCUUGCAAUGUCAUCGGACAGUUCAAUGGCUUCAGAUCAUGAAUCAAGUUCCAAAAAUAAUAUUACUUCACGAGAUAGUGAUACAUGUAGUGAAACAGCCGAUUGCGCAAAUUCGAGAUAUCUUGGACAUGAAGAUAAUUCUUCUAAUGCCCGUGAUAAAAAUAACCAUACAUCCUCAAAGCCUGUUACUGUCAUAUCGACAUACUACAGCCAAAUAACCAAUCAUCAGAUUUUGCCAUCAUUUGACCAAGGUAGAAACGUUGGUUUUUUGAUAGAUUUCAAACCUCGGCGAUUCGGUAUCGUUGAACAUGAAGACCAUCAAGGACUAAAUUUUAAUGCAAUUCCUGCUAAGGAUACAUUCAGCUACAGAAUAAUGCCACAUGAUCCACCAUGGAACAAUCUUUCUGCACUCCGCAAAACGGCCAUUUUUUACUAGAAACAUAC